AUGGAUUCAGCAACAACACAAAUAAUAGAUCCCUACGGCGACCUCCUUGUCCUCCUCCCCACCGCUAAAACCAAACUCCAGAUAUCCUCAAAGGUUCUAUCCACCGCGUCCCCCGUCUUCCGCUCAAUGUUUUCGCCGCGCUUCCGUGAAGGUGCCGCUCUCGCCUCCGCCACGAAAUUGACGGAAAUCGAAUUCCCGGAUGACUCCCCACAAGCUCUCGGGAUUAUAUUCGACGUGCUGCACUUCCGACAUGACUGUGUGAGCGACGACUAUAGCCAUGAUGUCCUCUACAAUAUUGCGCUCGUGGCGGAUAAAUAUGAUCUCACGCGGGCGCUGGGGCCGUGGAAGGAGGUUUGGCUGAAGAGGGGAGCGGGCGAUGGGGGGAGAGGACUGUUUGUUAUGUACGUGUUUGGCGACAUGGAGGGGUUUAGGGAGGGGUGUCGGAAGGCGGUUAUUCAGAGUCGGGGAGAGGAGUAUGAUGAGUAUUGUGAGAGUGGGGAUGAGGACGGUGAGGGCGAUGAGGGUGGUGGGGGAGAGGGAGAGGGUGGUGGGGGAAAGGGAGAGGGAGAGGGUGGUGGGGGAAAGGGAGAGGGAGAGGGUGGUGGGGGAAAAGGAGAGGGAGAGGGAGAGGAGAAGGGGGAGAAUGGGUGGGCUUGCGAUGCGCUUCCGGUGCAAAUUGUUGGUAUGAUAUACAUCCCACCCUAACUUGAUUCCUACGAUUAUAAUUGAAUUUAACGCGAUACUAGAACUACUGUACGGAAGUCGAAUGGUAAUCAUCCAAUCUCUCCUCUCAGUAACAGCGCACUUCAGAGACCUGUAUCAAAGCCCUACGGUAAAAUGCAAAACCUUUAAAUCGUCAGGCCUCUUCAGUACUCCCAGCUCCCAGGUCCUCACAUGUGACGUGGCGAUACUCGGCUCGCUGAUCCGGCACGAGGUCGACAUCGGAAUAUUCCCCACGCCCUCAAUGCCGUAUAGAGGGAUCUCGGUCGAGGAGCUAGCCGUGAUGAUGAAGGGCCUCCGCUGCUUCGUGGAUUUUGCCGCGGGGCACGGGGAGUGCACGAUUACUGGGCAAGUGAUCAAGAUGGUGGAUGAGGUACUCGCUAGCGUGGACAGGUUGGAUGUUUGGGACAGUGCUGGAGGUGCGGAUGCGGUGGAGGGGAGGAGGAGGGGGAGAGACUCCAGGUUCAUGCUUGCUGACAAAGAGGGGGUGGGUGGGAGCCUUGCUGUGAAGAGGAAUAUUGAGCCCCCUUGGAGUAAAUUUCGGCGCUAG